AUGCAACUAGUAAAUUACACUCAAUGGGAAAUCGUUUCAUACGUACAAGUAUUCUUGUUUGCGAUCUUGCUUCUUGCUUUCUUGGUAAUUACAACUAUUAAGAAGAAUGAAAGGAAAGGAUUACGUCAAAUUUUACCAUUCUUCAUCUUUUUCACCAUUUUCCUCAUGUUAAAAAUAGUUGGUGGUAUUCUUGGGUUAGUGUUUAUGCAUCAAAAAACUUUCAAUGUUAGUUUAUUUAUCCCCACAUAUAUUUUCGAUUCAAUUGGUUUAGGAUUCAUAGCUAGAAGUAUCACAUCUUUGGUCACCCAUAAUUUCAAGUACCAAGAUGAUUUGCCUGCAUUUUUUAGAUCAAAACACCAAAAGGUUAAAAAACACAAUCAUUCCCAUUCAUUCGAAAAAUCCGAUAAUGAUAGCGACAAUGACCAUGACGAUGAUAACGACGAAAUCAAUUAUUGGCCGUUUAGAGUAUUAACAAUGAUUUUAAUUGCUGCCAUAGUUGUGAAUAUUGUCGGUACCAACAUCAUUGUUAACUAUCAAGGAUCUUCAACCGGUAUUGCAUUAAUUAAAGCAGGGGCCAUUUUAUUCUUAAUUGAGAUUUUAUUAAUGAUUUUAUUUUUGGUAAUUAUUCGUUUGAGUGGUUCUCAAUUGAAUAUAGUCAUUUAUUUAUUGAUUGUUGGUUUGGCAAUUUUGAUUGUUAGAUGUGUUUUUUCAUUACUCAGUGGUUUCCAUUGGAGUACUUGGGAAAACCCAAGUCCAUAUAUUAUCUACUUUGGUAAGUAUGGGUAUUACACUUUUCUUGCAUUGUUACCUGAAGUGAUAACUGCUGGUAUUAUACUUGGUGCCUUUUUAUUUUGGUAG